AUGGCGGGCGUUUCAGUACGGGCGGCCACGGCGGAGAUGGACCGCGCCUUCUCUCAUCCCCUGCCGGGCUUUCGCUUCCACCCCACCGAUCAGGAGCUCGUGAGCUUCUACCUCCGGCGCAAGGUCCUGCGACACGGCGGCUGCUUCAUCCCGGAGGUGGACCUCUACAAGCUCCAACCCCACCACCUACCAGGUAUAUAUAUAUAG